AUGGAAAUUAUGAGUAAGCUCGUAAAUGUAGUUUUGUUUGGUCUCACUGGGAGUGGUAAAUCCACUGUAGCUAAUAUGCUAUAUAAUGGUGACAUUAAAAAUGAAAAUACAUUCAAAAUUGAUGAUACUGUAGAAGGAGUAACUAAUCAAAUUAGUUAUGUAAAUAAUGGAAAAUUUGGAGUAUUCGAUAUGAUGGGAGUUGAUGAAGGAUCUCCGAGAACUAAUGUGACCAUCCGAAGAAUCAGGGAAUAUUUCUCACAACUAGACAUUUCAUUAAAUUACAUAUGCUAUGUCCACAAGAAAGGUAGAAUUAAUGAAAAUGAUUGCGAAAAAUUCAAAGAAUUUGAGGAUACAUUUAAGGAUGGAAAGAAAAAUAUUAUUAUUAUAAUCACCCACUGUGAUCAAAAAUGGAUUAAUGAUAAAAACUUGAAAGCAAUAAAAGGAAAAUUUGGAAAUUAUCCAGUUAUUGGGGUCGAUUUUCCUUAUGAUAAUAUGGAUGAAGAAGAAAGAGAAAAAAGGGUACAAAGCUUGUCCCAUUUGCAAAAUAACUUCAAAUCCUUAAAUUAUAAGGGCAUUAGCACAGAAGUUUUAAAUUCAUCCGAUGUUUUGGAGGAACAAAUAGAAAAUGUUGUUGGAUUCGUUCCAAUCGUCAAUGUCCCAUAUCAAAUACUUUCUUCAGGAAUUUAUUAUAUGAAAGGAAAGCCAAAGUUUUCAAAAAAACGUCUAGAUAAAGCAGCUGUAAAUGCAUUGCUUCAUAUUGCAGUGCCCGCUGCGACGGUGGGAAUGGUAGAAGUGGGUGUGGGUGUUGUAACAACGGGAGCGGCAAUAGCAUCUGCAAUGAAUCCGUCGUCUUUUAUA